CCCGUCCCCCUCAGCCUGCCCCGGAAGUGCGGGCGCUGCCCGGAACCCUCGCGCGACCGUUGUAGCCAUGUAGGUACCGUUACCGGAGGGGGACGGCACCGGAGCGGCCAUGGAGGAGGGCGGCGGCGGCGGCGACAGCGCCGCCGCAGCCCCCCCUCUGCCGAACCUCACCCCCCGGCACCGGCAGCUCAUCCCCACGCCCUGCGGCCCCAUAAAACCUUGUUCAGAACUAUCAUUUCCUGUGAAGAUCUACUUCUGUGUCACUAUUUUGUCUCUGCUAAGUGUGAUAGGGCUAACCGUAGAGACACUCGUUCGACAAACCGAGGAAGAUUUCACCAUUUCUCUUAUUCAGUUAAUUGGAGUUGUGUUCUGUGUAUACUAUGUGACUAGAGGAAUCCUGCAGGAGAAUCGCCAGGAGCUCAUCGUCUUUGUUCUUUCCAUCUUGCUAGUGAUGUUUCGUUCCAUUGUCAACUUCACAGUUCUCUCUGCUGAGCAAAAGCCAAAACUCCUGGCCCGCUUCAUUCUGAUCCUUUUGGUUGGCUCCUUUGAUGUGAUCUGUGCCAUCAUCCUCAUUCAGAGUCAAAGCAUGAUGGCCUUUCGAGUGGGCGGUGCUCUAGAAAGCCUACAGUCGCAAUACUUCAUGCUGAACCUCUGUUUUUCCAUGUUGACCUUUGAUCUUCAGGCACAGCUCUGCUUGUGUGUUCUGCUGAUAAGCCUGCAUGAGAUCACCCUUCUACAUAACAUCAUCUCGGCAGCAGGGGUCCUUUGGGCCUGCCUGAAGGUGACCGUUAGCAUCAUCGCAAUCUUAAAAGAACUGAAACCUCUGGUGUGGAUUUUUCUGGGUCAGAAUAUACCUGAAGUAGUUUAUCUCAUCUACCUGCUUUACACGGUGAUAAGGGAGUGGGGCAAAGGGAAUUCUUACACUCUGGAAGCUGCUUUCAUUACCGGCUCUUGCAUUUCUGUUGCAAUAAAAUCUGUUUUGUUUUGGGCACUGAUUCAUGUCUACCGCAGCUUUGGGCAGGGGCUAAGAGAAAGAAUGUUUUCUUCCUAUGGAAGGAUCGACUCCUGAGCAUCCCCCUUGUGUUCUAUCUGCAGCUCUUACAGAGUGAAAUCGUACCCGGGGAAGUUCUGAUCAAGUACUUGCAUUCAGGAUGUAAGACAAUGGGUCAGUUUCACAGAGGUAGAGGAAGUUGCUCAGAAAAACAUCUAUACAUUUCUUGGUUCGUAUCAUGCUAGGGAACUAUAGCAGCACAGCUGGUAACUUAGUUUAAAAAGCAAAGUGCUCUCGGGAAAUUAACAGUAAUCCUCUCAAUUCAGUGAGUUUUGCUGACAGGACAAUGCAUCUUUCACUCCUUGUUUUCCUGAUGUUGCUUUGUAACCACAGGAGGUUCACAACAUGCAUGUGAGUAGAGAAUGUUGUUAAUAUAAAUGCUAUUUUUCUGGAUAUACACAAACAUAAUAAUAAUUUGCACAUCCAUCUUACAUACCAGAGUCUAGAAGUGGAUUGCCCUACCGUCAUUUCUCAACUCAGAUCUGUUGCUGAACAGAGGUCAAGCACUGAAGUUGUUUCGGUGACAGCUGUGUUCCCUGAUCUCCGCUAUGGCUGUGUGAUGGCUUAACUCCAACAGAAUGGCUAGGGCUCUUGUUCUGAAGUCAGAGGAGGAACAUUUCAAUUUUUUUUGUUUUUUUAAAAUCCCAGCUACACAUGAAAACUACGCAAUGUAAUCUUAUGCCUUCCUAUAGUGUAUCUAACCAAUGUGCCAUUUCAUACACCAGGCUGACUGUUAAACUAAGCCUUUAAUAUUGCAAUUUAAAAGUUUGGUAUUUUAUUGAUUGGAACCUUUAGCUACUGGCUGUCUAUUUUUUAAUAAAGUAUAAACACAGUU